AUGCUCCGGGAAUACACAGCCCAUGCCCCGGGCCUCAACUAUCCCACUAAUCUGCUCAAGAUUAGCAAUGAAGAGUUCGACCCAAAGCAGUCGGAGGAAGUCAGAGGUCUCGCUACUGACGUACGCACGCUGGCAAACCUCGCUGAGUCCGAGGCACGACCCUGGGCUGCCGUCGAAGCGGCGUGGCCCGCCCGCGAGAAGGCUCGACAGGUGGCCAACGCCAAGAAUCCCCUUCCACCUCCGGGCUGGCUCGUCUCGAUCCUAAGGGUCAAGGAUUACGGAGAGUGGACAAUUCAGUUCAGCGAUAUGGAUGAAGUUGGACUGUCCACAACUAUCCGUUGCUUCCUAGGGAUCCCCAGGGAACUUAAAUACUACUUUCAGGUCAUGUGGAACCCGCAUAUGGCGUCUGAGUCCCAGAACGUUGGCCAAACGUCGCUUGUGCCAGUGGCCACCAUUGAUUUUUUGCCUGAAACUUGUCCUUGCUCACCACUAUUGGCUGUUGAGGGCGGUGGACAUAAUUUCCCAAGGACUUCCUACCAACAAAAACUGUCCCCAAUGCUGCAUUCUUCUGUGAAAUUGCCUGUGAAUUUGCAUGCCAUGGAUCGUUGUCUCUGUUCCUCUGACCAUUCGCGAGUUGAUGGGUACAUAAUGAGUAGAGCACAGUCAGGACAGAAAACCAUCGAUACGGAAUUUCCAGAUCUCACCACGAGACCCGGACUCAUAUCGUCCGUAGCUAUGGCUGUGAUUUUUACCAGUUCCACACACACAUAUGCUUGCUAG